UUGCGCACCUAUUCUAUGACACCACCUCAUUUCAUGUUAAAGAGAAUGGGUAACGUGAUUUUUUCGAUACUGUGGCUCGUAAUCCUCAUAUUCAUUGGUUUCUGGAUAGCCGGUAUCGCUGCUGGUAUUUACAUCCUUGUGCUGCCUUUCACGGUUUGCAUAGAGCCCUUAAGUGGUCUUACAGACUUCCUUUUAUCAGUGGUACAAUUCCCAAAGUAUUGCGCACAAGCUAUGGUGGAAGGAAGAGGAUUUAAUUAAGGUCUCAUUAAUUCUAGUCAAAAUGUGUACAAUAUAUUUUCCAUUUAGUGCCAUUUUCAUUGAAUCUUCAUAAAAUCAGUAUAAACUAUUUUACCUCAUAAAAUCAGAAAAAAAGUAAAAUGAAAUUACUUUAUUAAAGAUUUUUAAGUCAAUAUUAUAAUAAUGGGAAGUUUAAUUCUGCUCUAUAAAUUAAUGUUAAAUAAAACAUGUUAUUCAGAAAUUUCUGCCUUGGCCUUAUAUUAAUUAUCUUUUAAUGGACCCGUAAAUAGUUUAUAGGUACACAAUAUUGAGAUGACCGUCAGUGAUUUUUAUUCCUCAAAUUGGUUUAAAAAAGUAAGAAAUCAGUAGCCGUGAAUAAAUAACAAUAAUAAACCUAGUAGUACCUUAGCAACCUUAGUUAGGAGACACACGUUAACAUACGUGUACCUAUCUAAAUUUAUUACAUAAUAAUUUUGUAUUAAAAUGUAAUAAAAACUGCUUGGCUAUAAAUUACUUUGAACACGACGGCAACGCCAGUUGUGUUAGUUAUUAAAAAUCUUCAGGAAAUAGAUGCGAGAUCACAAUUCCGACUAGCGCAGCAUGUAAAAACUGACGAAAAUACACUUGUUUUGUUUAUUGUAUGCGUGUAGCGCUUAAUUUUACACGCGCAGUGUGUGCCACGGUGCUGCCAUAAGGGUUCGGCACGCGAGUACGAGACGUGUCUGGCGUGUGGCAAAUGGCGAUUGAUAUGCCGCAUACUUUAAGAGUUUAUUAAUUUUACUUUAUUUAUAUUCAUAUGGCAAUGUCAUAAAAUUAAAAGAUGCCUAAAUGGAAGAGGAAUUAUUUUUAAGUUUUACGUCAACUGUACACAAAAAAAUAAGAAAUUAUCAAGUUUAAUAUUAUGUACGUAUAAAUAGAAUUAUUUAUACAAUACACAUAUUUGUGACUGACGGGUAAUUAUUUAUGGGUCAAGCGAAGAGACCGUGUUUUACAUAUAUUAAUAAGAUAUUCAAAAUAAUGCAUAGAUUUUUAAUUAGGGAUAUAUGUAAAUGUUUUUAAAAUAUGGCAUCAUUCUGCAAUAUUGUUUACACUUUAUGUAAGUAAGUACUCUUUUAAUUUUUGGAACAAAUGGAACCAAUCUCAAUAGACAAUAUUUGCGGCUAUGAAUACAUUUAUGAAAUAAUCAUAUUCCAUAAAUAUUUAUACCUAUGUUAAAGAAUGAUUAAUUUAAAAGACAUUAAUAAAAACAACAUUACA